UUCCUCGCAAGGCCUUGACGGGGGAAAGGGGCUUUGUUCCCUCCUCAUUGGAGGGAGGGCUUCUUGCCUUGCCUUGCCUCUUCCUCCUCCUGUCCCCCCGAGACUCUCUUCUCCACGCUAUUGUGACUGGCAAAUGGGUAUCCAUCGUGUCACUCGCUCAUACACGCACCCAAAAGAAAGUCUCGGGGUUUCCUUAAAGGCUAACGGGUUCAGCGUGGCGUCUGUUUCUGUUUGAGGCACUUCUAUCCCGCCUUUCCCCAAAGUUCUCUCCACCCAUGCUUAUAGCCUCGCGACAAUCCUGUGAGGUAGGCUCAGCAAACAGAUGUCCUACAAGAUCAUCAGUUUUGCUCCCAGUCUGCUACAGAUCAUAGUUUCUGAUCAAGUGGAAUUCCCAGUUCGACAGGCAGCUGCCAUAUACUUGAAAAACAUGGUGACGCAGUACUGGCCAGAUCGGGAGCCACCACCUGGAGAAGUGGUAUUUCCAUUCAACAUUCAUGAAAAUGAUCGGCAGCAAAUUCGGGAUAACAUUGUGGAGGGAAUCAUUCGUUCUCCGGACUUAGUGAGGGCCCAGCUGACAAUGUGCCUCCGCACUAUUAUCAAGCAUGACUUCCCAGGUCACUGGACAGCAGUGGUGGACAAAAUAGGCUAUUACUUGCAGUCUCCCAAUAGUGGGAGCUGGCUCGGAAGUCUGCUGUGCCUGUACCAACUCGUGAAGACCUAUGAGUACAAGAAGGCCGAAGAGCGAGAUCCCCUCAUCGCUGCAAUGCAUAUGUUCUUGCCUCGGAUUCAGCAGCAGAUGAUCCAGCUCCUUCCUGACAACUCCCACUACUCUGUGCUCCUUCAGAAACAGAUCUUAAAAAUUUUCUAUGCACUUGUUCAGUAUGCACUGCCACUUCAGCUGGUGAAUAACCAAACCAUGACUCAGUGGAUGGAGAUUUUCCGGACGGUGAUUGACAGAAGCGUGCCUCCUGAGACUCUGCAGAUAGAUGAAGAUGAUAGGCCAGAACUGGUAUGGUGGAAAUGUAAGAAAUGGGCUUUGCGGAUUGUUGCUCGCCUUUUUGAAAGGUAUGGUAGUCCUGGGAAUGUAACAAAAGAAUAUUUUGAAUUCUCUGAGUUCUUCUUGAAAACAUAUGCUGUGGGAAUCCAACAGGUACUCCUAAAAAUCUUGGACCAAUAUAGGCAGAAAGAGUAUGUUGCUCCACGUGUUCUUCAGCAAACAUUAAACUAUCUGAACCAAGGGGUCCAUCACUGUAUAACCUGGAAGCAGAUGAAACCACACGUGCAGGCUUUGUGUGAAGAAGUGAUCUUCUCCCUGAUGUGUUAUAAAGAUGAGGAUGAAGAGCUCUGGCAAGAGGACCCAUAUGAAUACAUCCGCAUGAAAUUUGAUGUGUUUGAAGAUUAUGCAUCCCCUACAACAGCAGCUCAGAUACUUCUGUAUACGGCAGCAAAGAAGCGAAAAGAGGUGUUACCAAAAAUGAUGGCAUUUUGCUAUCAGAUCCUCACUGAGCCCAACAUUGACCCUAGGAAGAAAGAUGGGGCGUUACAUGUGAUAGGAUCUCUAGCGGAUAUUUUGCUGAAGAAGAGUGUUUUCAAGGAUCAAAUGGAACUGAUGCUACAGAAUCACGUCUUUCCACUGUUCUUGUCGAACCUGGGGUAUUUGAGAGCAAGAUCCUGUUGGACUCUUCAUUCAUUCAGCACUUUGAAAUUCCACAAUGAAAUCAACCUAAGGAAUGCUGUUGACCUAGCAAAGAAGAGCCUGAUUGACGAUAAAGAAAUGCCCGUCAAAGUAGAAGCUGCCAUAGCACUUCAAUCCUUAAUAAGCCAUCAGGAAAAAGCAAAGGAAUACAUUAAGCCCUACAUCAGGCCUGUUAUGCAGGAGCUGCUGCUUGUUGUUCGGGAGACGGAGAACGAUGACCUUACCAACGUGAUCCAGAAGCUGAUUUGCGAAUACAGCCAGGAAGUAGCGACAAUUGCUGUUGAAAUGACGCAGCACCUGGCAGAGAUAUUUGGCAAAGUUCUCCAGAGUGAAGAAUAUGAGGAAAUGGAGGAUAAAACUGUUAUGGCUAUGGGGAUCCUUCACACAAUUGACACAGUCCUUACUGUUGUGCAGGACCACAAGGAGAUAACUCAGCAGUUGGAGAGCAUUUGCUUACAGAUCAUUGGCCUUGUCUUGCAGAAGCACGUAAUAGAGUUCUAUGAAGAAAUCCUCUCUCUAGCAUACAGCUUGACGUGUCAUCUGAUUUCACCUCAAAUGUGGCAGCUUCUUGGUGUCCUAUAUGAAGUGUUUCAGCAGGAUUGCUUUGAGUACUUUGCAGAUAUGAUGCCUCUCUUGCACAACUAUGUCACUGUUGAUACCGAUACUUUAUUGUCAAAUCCCAAAAAUUUAGAGAUAAUUUACACCAUGUGUAAGAAGGUAUUAACUGGUGACGCAGGCGAAGAUGCGGAGUGUCAUGCGGCCAAGCUCUUAGAGGUCAUUAUUCUGCAGUGCAAAGGGAGGGGCAUUGACCAGUGCAUUCCACUCUUUGUAGAAGCUGUUCUAGAGCGCUUAACGCGAGGGGUUAAAACCAGCGAGCUCCGCACCAUGUGUCUCCAGGUUGCCAUUGCAGCCCUUUAUUACAACCCUGAGCUGCUUUUGCACACUUUAGAGAACAUCCGAUUUCCUCACAACCCAGAGCCCAUCACGGCACAGUUCAUAAACCAGUGGAUGAAUGAUACAGAUUGUUUUCUUGGCCUGCAUGAUAGGAAGAUGUGCAUCAUAGGACUGAGCAUUUUGAUGGGGCUGCCAAACCGACCUCCUGCAGUAGACGCAGUGGCUGCUCAGAUCGUUCCGUCGGUUCUCCUCCUGUUCGUGGGCCUGAAACAAGUGUGUGCCACCCGGCAACAUACAGAACAUGAAGAGCAUGCCAAAGCUGAAAAGAAUGAUGCAGAAGAUAAUGCUUACUUUCCAGAAGAGAUUGCAAGUGAUGAAGAGGAAGCCAAUGGAAGCCAGGAGAUGCAGGAAAACCACACAGGUGAUGGUGAUGCAGGAGAUGAAGAAGACGAUGAUGACGACGACUGGGAUGAUGAUGCAUUGGAAGAAACCGCUUUAGAAGGUUUCAGCACCCCUAUCGACCUGGAUGAUGGUGUAGAUGAAUACCAGUUCUUUACACAGGCCCUGCUAGUGGUACAGAGCCGAGAUGCAGCCUGGUACCACUCACUGACAGCACCACUCAGCAACAAUCAGAAGACGGAAUUGCAGGAAAUCUGUGCAUUAGCUGAACACCGCAGGAGUUCCGCAGAAUCAAAGAGGAUAGAACAGCAAACGGGCUUCACAUUUGAUAACAAAGGACUGGUCUCUGCAUAUAACUUUGGCAAUGCUCCAGGGAGCAACUGAAGAAGAAGAAAGUGAAAACUCAAGGGACUCUGCAGAAUAUUUCAUUAUUGCAUUUUAUUAUAAAAAAACAACCCACCACAUAUUUGUGACUUGUGAACAGACAAGGGAAGGCAAUCAAGUACUCUGGAAGACUAUUUUCCUUUGGGAAAGGCAGUGGCUGACCCUCUUCCUUCUUUUUAGGACACUCUCUUUCUAACCAGCUACUGUAAUGUAUAAAUCCUUGUGGUAUUUUUAUAAGUUGUUGGACUGAAGAAAGUCUCUGUUCCCUUUCCUCCUAAGGAAGUGGGGAAGCGGCUGUGUAAAACUGGAUUGAGUUGCACUUCUCAGGUCUUUGCCAUGUGAAAUUGAAGGGGUCCUAUGGAUAA